GGAACUGGAGUUCAACAAUUCAGUACCAGUUGACGAGAUCCCACAAACCGAGGUGGCCAUAGACGUAUUGGUUCAAGCUGUGGCUAGUGGCAACAACACUUUCAACCUCACUGUCGAUCCAGACUCAAUUGUAGCCAUUUCAUCCACAACCACCCAAGGACCAACAUCAUCCCUUGGCUUAACAACAACCGCAAGUGAUUUAACAUCAGCAACAACUCAACUGACUAUUGACGAAUCAACAACUGCUGUUGACGACUCAAUCGCUAAUGAAGGAUCAACUACAACUGUUGAUGAAUUGACAAGUGACACAUCAACAGCAAGCACUGACGAAUCAACAACUACUCUUGACACAACUACCGAAGAAUCAACAACUAUCGAUGAAUCAAUAACAACCAAUGACGAAUCGACAACAAAUAUUGAUGAAUCAACAACUAGUGAUGGAUCCACAGAAACUAUUGAUGAAUCAACAAUUGCUGUUGAGGAAUCAAGAACUCUUCAGGGAUUGACCACAGCACUGACAACAACUGUUGAUAAAUCAAUAACAGCUGUUGAUGAAUCUACAACAGCUAUUGACAACUCAACAACUUUUGUUGACAAAUCAACAACAACAAUUAACAAGCUAACAACUAUUGAGGGAUCAACAACUACUGACGAAUCAAUAACAACUGAUGAAUCAACAAAUAAAGAGACAACAACUGCAGUCAUCUCAGUUCCUUCACGAAUAGUGUCUGUUGAAGCCACUCUGGAGGAACCUUUUGUGGCAGAGUUGAGCAAUCGCAGCAGUGAACAAUUCAAAGAACUUGAAACACAAGUGGUAUCAAUGUGUGACUCGAUCCUCUUGCAAGAAUUUGGAAGCAUUUUCAUCCGCACCAUUGUUCUUGGAUUUAGUCCACAAAAAGGAAACACAAAAGUGGAAAUGGACCUGAAGUUCAACAAUUCGGUACAGACUGAGCAAAUCCCAGAAGCUGAUGUGGUCGUGGAGACAUUGGUACAAGCUGUGAAUAGUCCCAACAAUUUUCCCCUCACUGUUGAUCCAGACACAGUUGCACUCAUUUCCCAAUCAUCAGAAACUACAACACCUAAUGGACCAUCACCUACACAUGAGCCAACUGCCAAUCAUAUCCCUACAACUCAAGGGCCAACCAUUACUCAUGGGACAGCUACCACCCAUGCCCCUACAACUCAUGAUUCAACCACCACCCACAUUCCUACAACUCAUGGGCAAACCACCACCCAUGUCCCUACAACUCAAGAGCCAACCACUGCUCAUAGGGCAACCACCACCCAUGUUCCUGCAACUCAAGGGCCAACCACUGCUCAUGGGGCAAUCACCACACAUGUUCCUGCAGCUCAAGGACCAACCACCACCCAUGUGCAGACGACUCAUGGGCCAACCCCGACUCAAGGGCCAACCACCACCCAUGCCCCUACAACUCAAGGGCCAAACCUUACUCACGGCCCAACCACCACACAUAUCUUUGAAACUGAAAGACCAACUACCACCCAUGUCCCUGCAACUCAAGGGCCAACCAACACCCAUGUGGCCACGACUCAUGGGCCAACCCCUACUUAUGGGCCAACCACCACACAUGUUCCUGCAACUCAAGAGCCAACUUCCACCCAUGUCCCUGCAACUCAAGGGCCAACUACCACCCAUGUGCCCACGACUCAUGGGCCAACCCCUACUCAUGGGCCAACCACCACCCAUCUUCCAACAACUCGGGGACCAACCACUACCCAUGUCCUUGCAACUCAAGGACCAACUACCACCCAUGUGCCCACGACUCAUGGGCCAACCAGCACCAAUGUCCCUACAACUCAAGGAUUAAUAACCACACAUGUCCCUACAACUCAAGGGCCAACCACUGCUCAUGGGGCAACCACCAGACAUGUCCCUGCAACUCAAAGACCAACCACCACCCAUGUGCAGACGACUCAUGGGCCAACCACCACCCAUGUCCCUGCAACUCAAGGGCCAACCCCCACCCAUGUGCCCACGACUCAUGGCCCAACCACCACCCAUGACCCUGCAACUCAAGGGCCAACCACCACCCAUGUCCCUGCAACUCAAGGGCCAACCACCACCCAUGUCCCUGCAACUCAAGGGCCAACCACCACCCAUGUCCCUACAACUCAAGGCCCAACCACUGCUCAUGGGGCAACCACCACACAUCUUCCUGCAGCUCAAGGACCAACUACCACCCAUGUGCCCACGACUCAUGGGCCAACCAGCACCAAUGUCCCUGCAACUCAAGGACCAAUAACCACACAUGUGCAGACGACUCAUGGGCCAACCCCUAUUCAAGGGCAAACCACCACCCAUGUCCCUGCAAAUCAAGGGCAAACCACCACCCAUGUGACCACGACUCAUGGGCCAACCCCUACUCAUGGGCAAACCACCACCCAUGUCCCUGCAACUCAAGGGCCAACUCCCACCCAUGUCCCUGCAACUCAAGGGCCAACUCCCACCCAUGUCCCUGCAACUCAAGGGCCAACCCCCACCCAUGUGCCCACCACCCAUGUCCCUGCAACUCAAGGGCCAACCACCACCCAUGUGGCCACGAUUCAUGGGCCAACCCCUACUCAUGGGCUAACCACCAACCAUGUUCCUACAACUCAGGGACCAACCACCACCCAUGUCCCUACAACUCAAGAGCCAACCACUGCUCAUAGGGCAACCACCACCCAUGUUCCUGCAACUCAAGGGCCAACCACUGCUCAUGGGGCAAUCACCACACAUGUUCCUGCAGCUCAAGGACCAACCACCACCCAUGUGCAGACGACUCAUGGGCCAACCCCGACUCAAGGGCCAACCACCACCCAUGCCCCUACAACUCAAGGGCCAAACCUUACUCACGGCCCAACCACCACACAUAUCUUUGAAACUGAAAGACCAACUACCACCCAUGUCCCUGCAACUCAAGGGCCAACCAACACCCAUGUGGCCACGACUCAUGGGCCAACCCCUACUUAUGGGCCAACCACCACACAUGUUCCUGCAACUCAAGAGCCAACUUCCACCCAUGUCCCUGCAACUCAAGGGCCAACUACCACCCAUGUGCCCACGACUCAUGGGCCAACCCCUACUCAUGGGCCAACCACCACCCAUCUUCCAACAACUCGGGGACCAACCACUACCCAUGUCCUUGCAACUCAAGGACCAAUUACCACCCAUGUGCCCACGACUCAUGGGCCAACCAGCACCAAUGUCCCUACAACUCAAGGAUUAAUAACCACACAUGUUCCUACAACUCAAGGGCCAACCACUGCUCAUGGGGCAACCACCAGACAUGUCCCUGCAACUCAAAGACCAACCACCACCCAUGUGCAGACGACUCAUGGGCCAACCACCACCCAUGUCCCUGCAACUCAAGGGCCAACCCCCACCCAUGUGCCCACGACUCAUGGCCCAACCACCACCCAUGACCCUGCAACUCAAGGGCCAACCACCACCCAUGUCCCUGCAACUCAAGGGCCAACCACCACCCAUGUCCCUGCAACUCAAGGGCCAACCACCACCCAUGUCCCUACAACUCAAGGCCCAACCACUGCUCAUGGGGCAACCACCACACAUCUUCCUGCAGCUCAAGGACCAACUACCACCCAUGUGCCCACGACUCAUGGGCCAACCAGCACCAAUGUCCCUGCAACUCAAGGACCAAUAACCACACAUGUGCAGACGACUCAUGGGCCAACCCCUAUUCAAGGGCCAACCACCACCCAUGUCCCUGCAAAUCAAGGGCAAACCACCACCCAUGUGACCACGACUCAUGGGCCAACCCCUACUCAUGGGCAAACCACCACCCAUGUCCCUGCAACUCAAGGGCCAACUCCCACCCAUGUCCCUGCAACUCAAGGGCCAACUCCCACCCAUGUCCCUGCAACUCAAGGGCCAACCCCCACCCAUGUGCCCACCACCCAUGUCCCUGCAACUCAAGGGCCAACCACCACCCAUGUGGCCACGAUUCAUGGGCCAACCCCUACUCAUGGGCUAACCACCACCCAUGUUCCUACAACUCAGGGACCAACCACCACCCAUGUCCCUGCAACUCAAGGGGCAACUCCCACCCAUGUCCCUGCAACUCAAGGACCCACCACCACCCAUGUCCAAGCAACUCAAGGACCAACCACCACCCAUAUCCCUGCAAAUCAAGGGCCAACUACCCCCCAUGUGCCCACGACUCAUGGGCCAACUCCUCCUCAUGGGCCAAACACCACCCUUGUCCCUGCAACUCAACGGCCAACCGCUCCAAAUCCAACAACUCCAGUCGCAGUCCCCACAUCUCCACCACCAGUUGUUGUCCUGUCAGCAACUUUGGAGGAACCAUUUGUGGAAGAAUUCAAUGAUGUCAACAGUGAGCAAUACAAAGCUCUUGAAAUUCAAGUUGCCACGUCGUGCGAUGCCAUCUUCAGGCAGAGAUUCGGUUUUAUCUUCAUCCAGACUGUCAUUAUUCGGAUUUUCCGCGCUGUGGUGUUGACGCGAAUGGAAAACACGCAAGUGGAGGUAGGAUUGGAGUUCAGGAACACAGCUUCGACUCCCACAGAUGAGGAUGUUGUCACCACCUUAGAAGAAACGCUGGGUCAGCCCAACAACACGUUUAACGUCAGCCUCGUCGCCAACACCAUUCAAGUCAUUCAAUCGCCGCAAAAAACAAAUUCGACGACAGCCAAACCCAACACCACGGUGGCUCAAGCGACGACGGCCACCAAGAAUCCCACUUUGAGCAUCACAUCACUAAUCACGCGGACUCUGAGAUUUACGUCCGUUGGUGAGACGUUCACGAGCGACUUGCUCGAUCAGUCGUCUGCUGCGUUUAUCAGCCGAGCGGGAAUCAUCAAGAUGACGCUUGAACCACUCUACGAAAUCACAUUUUCCUCAUUUAAAGACCUGACAGUAACAUCAUUCAGUAACGGCUCCAUUAUCAACCGAAUGGACCUGAGAUUCACAUCUGGCUCUGUGCCCAGCAAUAACGUCAUUGCUAGCGUUUUGAUCAACGCUGCGCCCAACAUCACCACCUUUAACGUGGACACAUCGUCCAUUUUUGUGGACGGCAUGCCGGUUUCAAGCAGCGCAAGCCAGAAGACGAGCCUCAUCACCGCAUCUGGGAUGGUGCUGUUGUCAUGGUUACUGGCGAGCCAGCAGUAGCACCUUUGGGCCUGUUCAUCAACUAAGGGUCAGGGAGCCAAAAAAAGUUCCCUGCGGACUUCCGUAUCAUUUAAGUUAUAUGUGUAUGGGAAUUUUGCAUGAUAUCAUUUCUGGGAGUCUAUAACAUAAUGCACACUGUAUAAAAAAUAAUGCCUUUGCACACUGUAUAAAAAUUAAGGCCUUUAGACGUUUUAAGAAUUCAAGUCUUUGUCACUGUAUACAAAUUUAAGUCUUUGCACACUGUGUAAGAAUUCAAGCCUUUGGACACUAUUAUAAUAGAAAUCUUUGUACACUGUAUGCAUAAUAAUUAAAGCCUUUAGAUACUCCAGAAAAUGUGUGUGUGUGUGUGUGUGUUGGGGGGGCAUUAUGAACAAAGAAGCCAUAUGAUAUUUUUUCCUGUGAGUAAAACAUCAUUAUUACAUAAACAAUAAAAUAAAAAUAAAGAAAUCUGGCAUUUCCUAA